GGAGCUUCGCGCUUUUUGAAAAUACUCGCUAUGGGCUGGUGCAAGUGGUCGUCGCAACUGGACGAGCAGCCCAGGAGGAGGAGUAUCGCAAAUUAUAUGCAUCUGCGGUCGGAGAAGACGAAGACGAUCAUGCUCUCCGACCACGGAAAAUAAAGGAACAGAGAAGUAAACUGCGCCACACUGCUCGGUCUCGCUACCACAUGGACAUCAACAUGCAAGAGGAGGAAAGCGAAACUACAAGCGCCGAGGAAGACGAGGAACUUCCUCGUGUUCCUCGUGCCAAAGCAGCAUCCCGUGAACAAUCCGAAGGUGAACGAGAAGGAAGCGGCGAAAGCGCCAGGCUGCGAACGAGGGCAGUGUCAGCGGCGAGGACAACAACAAGAACAACAACAACUCCCAGCUCAUCUUCAUCCCCGGUCGACGUCGUCCAGAACAAUUACGUGGGCGCAGCAGCCGCGCGCGGUCGGGCCCUUCGAAGUAGAGAUGUUGACCAGGAGGAGGGAGCUGCGGCCACGGAGAUGUUGACGUCGAGCAGUAGGUCUGGAUAUAUUCCAGCUCCGUCACCACGACGACGACCAGCACCAGUGGCACCGCCACCGGCGCAUGAAAUAUUAAAUUCUGACCAGCACAAGGAGCCAGCGUAUGCGUAUGAAGGUCGUCUUCGUCGGGCAGGAACUACAGGACCACCAGCGAGUUCUCUGGUUCAUCGUGACGGAAGCCGAACAACAAGCUACCAACAGCAGCAGACGGCGAGGACCACCGCCACUCGCGGCUGGACGAGUGCCUGCACGCUGACGGAAAGUGCGGACGGAGCCUGCUUUGAUAAGGAGCCGUUUGCGAAGAAAGUGUACAGCAGCGCGGAUUCCUCUCAAGAUCGCACUGCCGUGCCCGGCAUCGGCGGUACCGUCCCCUGGCUGCCGCAAAUGGACAUGAACGUCGAUUACGCGAAAGAUGCGCAGCUUCUAAGUAGCCGGCGCCGCCGAGGGGCCCCCACGAAUCCACUACCACCCCCAUACGGAUACUUCGUUCAGACGCAGGAUUUCGAUGGCGGUAACUGGCACGCCGCUCAGCAGCUGUGUCGCCAUGAGUGCGAGCAGAACUCCAAUUGCGCCACGUAUGUAGUUGUGGGGUAUGAUGGCGAGGUGUGGUCCGGACCAGAGUGGUCCUGUAAAUUGUUUACCAAUUGUUACGAAAUAAGUUCGAAUUAUGACACGUACGACGAGGUCCGCUACCAAUGCCGAGACCCCUACGACGGCGGGCCGAGAGUGGACCAUCCAGACCACCACUCUUUUUUCGGUAACCACGCAAAUCGAGUUGCCGAAAGGCUUCAUGAAAAUUACCCGCGGGCCGCGGGCUGUUCGGCGGAGUUGUUUGCGUGGUGCGUGGAGCCCUGGGGCGACGAAUGGUUUUGGGACCAUGGAAAUGGUAUUUGUCGCAGUAAAGAAGCGUCGUCGGCGUACUCUAAUCUCUAUGUCCCCGUGCCCCAGACCGCUUGCGGCCCGUUAAAGAGCUGGGCGCGGGCGUUUCGCGACAGGGGCGUGCUGGCCUUAGAUUGUCUUUCGACGAGACACAAAUACGAGGAGUUCGUGUAUACGAUUUGCCCCGCAGAAGGUGGCGUGUCCACGUUCUCAGGCGACACACCCAUCAAAGAGUACCACUACUGGUUUUGCUCUUCGAAGCAGAACCCACAGUACUCUACCGUCGAAAACGGGGAGCCUUGUCGUUGCCAGUUUCCCAACUGCAACCGCCUUCCUCCGGGUGAAGAGAUCACCCAUUGCACCUUUCCGGGGCGGAAGUUGUGCCGCGACGGAGCGACCUGCGUGCUCGGUCACCAGAGGCAGUCCACGAUGGGGGACCAUUUCGUGUGCCGCACCAAGUUAUGA